AUGGACGAGCGGCUGCUGGGGCCGCCCCCUCCAGGCGGGGGCCGGGGGGGCCUUGGAUUGGUGGGUGGGGAUCCUGGGGGCCCUGGCGAACCUCCCGGUGGUGGAGACCCCGGUGGGAGUAGCGGGGGGGUCCCGGGAGGCCGAGGGAAGCAAGACAUCGGGGACAUUCUGCAGCAGAUAAUGACCAUCACCGACCAGAGCCUGGACGAGGCCCAGGCCAAGAAACAUGCCCUAAACUGCCACCGAAUGAAGCCUGCUCUCUUUAGCGUCCUGUGUGAAAUCAAGGAGAAAACUGGCCUCAGCAUUCGAAGCUCCCAAGAGGAGGAGCCUGUGGACCCACAGCUGAUGCGCUUGGACAACAUGCUUCUGGCAGAGGGUGUGGCUGGGCCUGAGAAAGGGGGUGGUUCAGCCGCAGCAGCUGCGGCCGCCGCAGCCUCCGGAGGCGGCGUGUCGCCUGACAACUCCAUCGAACACUCGGACUAUCGCAGCAAACUUGCCCAGAUCCGCCACAUUUACCACUCAGAGCUGGAGAAGUAUGAGCAGGCGUGUAACGAGUUCACAACCCACGUCAUGAACCUGCUGAGGGAGCAGAGCCGCACGCGGCCGGUGGCACCCAAGGAGAUGGAGCGCAUGGUGAGCAUCAUCCACCGGAAGUUCAGCGCCAUCCAGAUGCAGCUCAAGCAGAGCACCUGCGAGGCCGUCAUGAUCCUGCGUUCCCGCUUCCUGGAUGCCAGACGAAAACGCCGUAACUUUAGCAAACAGGCCACUGAGGUCCUGAAUGAGUAUUUCUACUCCCACCUGAGUAACCCAUACCCUAGUGAGGAGGCAAAGGAGGAGCUCGCCAAGAAGUGCGGGAUCACCGUCUCUCAGGUCUCCAACUGGUUUGGCAACAAGCGGAUUCGCUAUAAGAAAAAUAUUGGAAAGUUCCAAGAGGAGGCAAACAUCUAUGCCGUCAAGACCGCUGUGUCAGUCACCCAGGGAGGCCACAGCCGCACCAGCUCCCCGACGCCCCCUUCCUCCGCAGGCUCUGGCGGCUCUUUCAAUCUCUCAGGAUCCGGUGACAUGUUUCUGGGGAUGCCCGGGCUCAACGGAGAUUCCUACUCUGCCUCCCAGGUGGAAUCACUCCGACACUCGAUGGGGCCAGGGGGCUAUGGGGAUAACCUCGGGGGAGGCCAGAUGUAUAGCCCUCGGGAAAUGAGGGCAAACGGUGGCUGGCAGGAGGCUGUGACCCCAUCCUCAGUGACAUCCCCGACAGAGGGACCAGGGAGCGUUCAUUCUGACACUUCCAACUGA